CCUUUCUGAGAAGACUUCGUGCCUUCGCAAAAAAGCAGCUCCGCAGCUCCGGUGUCAAAAGGACAAUCCUCCAGUCUGACAGAAACAUCUCAUGGCUCAAUGCUUUUCUACCACCGUCAGGUGGGCAUGUUUUGCCAGACGACCUUCGUGACCAUGGCCAACGUGGGCUUCUCUCCGCUCAUGUGCUAUGCCCACCCCGACGGUGAAGAGAGUGUCCUGCAGUUCAGCGGGAUCUUCUGCUGGACCAGCGAGCAUGCGGCGAUGGUGGUUGAGGGCAUGGUGUCGCUGACUUUGAGCAUGUCCUUCUUGGUGCUGUGCUUUUGGGCGGCCUACAAGGCACCCAGCUGGUCCUUGGAAAAACAAGCGGCAGCCAAGUUCCUCUUUGUCGACUUCCGGCCGGACCAUUGGUGGUAUGGUGGCCUCUUACUCUUUCGAGACCUCCUUCUCUCGCUCCCCUCCGUGAUCGCGCCCAACUCGGCCCACGUGCAGCUGGUCUUGCUGCAUGCCUUGAUUCUGAUCUCAGCCGUGAUGCAAGCCUAUUUCCAGCCGCGGAAGACCCCUGCAAUGAAUCUGGUGGUGACGGUGGUGAAUUGCAUUUUGGUGACCUUGCUGGGCAUUGGCUUGGGUAGCAUUCAGAAGGACGCUGAGGCGACUCCCUUUCUGGAGGUUCUGGGUGCAAUCGUGUGCAUCGUGUUCUUUGUCAUCUGUGGCAGUGUGUUCUUGGUGUUCUUUGCCGCGAUCAUUCUUGAGAAGCUAGGCUACCCAGCACUGGGAAAGCGCUGCAGCAACCUGGGCAACAUGCCUGAGUCCAGGACCUUGCUGCUGCUCUUGCGGAUUCUGUCCAAAGGCUGGGAGAAGUGCAAGACGGAGCAGGAAUUCUUGAUCGAGCGACUGGAGCAGCUUGGGAGCUAUGAUGUCCGCAUGCUGUUGAAAUCGCUGGUGAUUCUGGAGGCAGAGUUGGGAAUCAUGGCGCCGGCCCAAUCGAAGCGCAGUUCAACGCCGUCGGCCGUCUCCAUUCAAAGCGUCUUUUCGACGGUCUCUGAACUCACGGGGAGUGGCCGGAUCAAGACCAAAGCUGCACAGAAUAUCGCCAGCAUGAACAGCGCACUUGGGAUGAGACAAGACACCGCGAGGAUUGCCACGGAGCUCCGAAAAUCCAACUCCGCGUUGCACUUUGAUGAUGAUGAUGAGCCACUGACCAGGAAGGAAGAUGGACAAGACGCAGAAGUGGAAGUGGAUGGAAACGAUUUGGAAGCCAAUCCAGGUUGCACAACACGCGUGUCAACAUCAAGUACUUUCAACCUUGAUGCGGCCGACGAUGAUAGGUGCAGCAUUGCUUUGGAAAAGCAACAGGAUGUGAGGACCCUGGUCAUGAACCAGCUCUAGAGUGAGUGCCUGCAAUUGUGUGUAGGACGUCCCUCCAACUGCAUAUCAAUGCAAAUGAGCUCGAGUGAACAUAGCAGAUUAUGACAUAUCAUGACAUGCUGGCUCGCGAAUUUUCUCAGCCAUUUGCUGCUGUUCCCGCUGUUCCCUCCCAUUCUUGUCCGAAAAUAGGGCAACAACCGGGCUUGGGCCUGAGGGGAGCAGCUCUUUAAAGUGUUUUAACGCAAUGUGCCGGUUUAAUUCACCAUUAGACAGUCAUUGAGCGUGCUGAGCUCUAGCUGAGCCUUGUGGAUGGAUGAUAAGGGCCGGUAUUUGGCACGGCCGAAACGCAGCAGCGCAGGUGCUUCUUAAUAGAACCUUUGCCCAGCCUGCUGGUCUUUGUUGGUUGCCGAUUGCUUCCAAGAGGCAAGGUUUGCCCAAAGGCAGUUUUCACGAUGUCUCUUGAAAAGGAGUGUAUUCGCAGGAGGUGCAAAGCCAUGUAUCAUCCACCAACAUCCGCAGAGCCCUGAUGUCUGAAUGUUCAGCAAGACAUCAUUCGACUUAUCACAUCCCUACAUUUGAGCAAGACUGAUUUGAAGCACAUGUCAUGCUCUUUGUCAGAGGUCCUCCUACUUAUUGUUACAAAGUGCCCGUUCUGUUGGGAGCAUGCCUAAGGGCUGGGUUGACGAAAAGGGUUGAUCAAAACACAUGAAGCUGAUGGAAAAGCUGGCAGUAACUGCGGGCUACGACUCUGGGGGCAUUUAAGGUUAGGGGCCCGGGACGAGGACACGGCUCAAAGUUCAUCCAGGGGUUUGCGAGUAUUUGACCAGUGAUCUGUAGAACAUCAAUUGAGGCCUAGAGCCUGGCUCAAUGAAUUUCACAAAAAGGCUCUAUACCAGCAGGGGUGCUUAAUGGAGGAUAGGGGUGCCCAGAACAUCCACUCACUUAGGGACCAAACACCACCCCGACAUGUGACUCCUGGUAUGAACAAGGAUUUUGUUUGCUGAUUGAGAGGGAGCCACCCGAGGGCCGCUGGCCCCAUCGAACGUAGGCGGGGUCCUUCAUUUCUUUGACGCAUGUUUGGUACGAAAAGACGGUGAAGUGCAGGUGGCACCGACCGGCCAAAACGAGACAGAAAACGUGGCACCAUGAGGCAUCGCUGACCGAAUUCGGCAUUUUGGAAGGGUUGAACAACGUGGCAAUUCCAACCAAACAUGUUUGUGCGUCAAAAAGGGAAAGUUGAAGAAAUUGAUGCAAAGGGCUCCAGGGACGGCAUGUGUUUCGCGUUGUCGCGUUGUCGCCGGUGUUCCCCAAUCUCGUUGUUUUUGCGCCUUUAGCCAGUUUCGCCUUUUUGCGGUUUUUGUGUUGUCGCCUGUUGUCCAGGAUCUCGCUGUUUUUGCCCUUUUUUGUCGUCUUUCGCGUUUUCGCAGCGGAUGCCUGCAAAUCCCGAUUUGUUGAGUGUUCCAUCUCUUUUACAACAUCUCAAUAUUGUGCGUAUGUAUACAUAUACGUAUACAUAUUGACAUAUACACCAUUUCUGCGCAGUACUACAAAAGGGUUCUCAUGGCCCUGAAAUGGCGCAAAGAGGAGCGACAAGGAAAGGACCAGGUGCGCAAGCCACGCAAAGGACCAGGUUCAAGGCGGAUUGGUCCUCGAACUGGGCGAGCCCACGUUCUGCCAGAAAUGAUUCGACCCGCAGGUCAGCGAGGAAGGCUGAAGACAAGAGAAGACGGCGGGAUUGGAUUCCAGGCUAGGCCUUCCAAUCUCGAAUGGUGCGAGGAAGGACGAGACAAGCCGUCAAGGGACCCUUGGCAAUUAGGCAGACCUAAGUUUGGGACUUUGCUUCUCUACACAGACACGUUUACACCACAUUUUGGUUAAUACUUGAACAGCUAGGUGCCCCCACCUUCGCAUCAGGUAUGCCAGCUAGGCAGUACUGCAAACAGUUGUUGGCUUCGUGAUGGUCCUAAAAGUGCUACAUGGACAGCUCGAACUCUUGACCGGGCCUAUGGCAUUCGCCUUCGCCGCCCCGGCAACGCCCCAAAACCGGUCGACCGAACGUCGACUCCGGGGCACUCCUCCGUCUCUCUGUCACUUGAGUCCACACCGAGCGAGUGC